CCCGAGCCCUUUCCGGUGGGUGCGGGCCGGCGGGGGCGGGGCGCGAGCGCCGCGCAGGGCGAGCGGCGGCGGGCGCGGGCGCGGGCGCGGGCGCGCGCGGCUCGGCUCGGCUCCGCUUGGCUCCGCUCUCGCCGUCUCCGCCGCCGCGGCUCCGCUCGCCCCGGCAUGAGGAAGCGCAACGAGUCCGUCACUGUGGAGCAUGAGCGCGCCGGCGCCGCCGCGCCGGCGCCGCCCGACAAGGGCUGCAGCCUGAGGCACAGCCUACGACUGCCCCCCGCUGCCGCCGCGGGCAUGAAGCGACCGCUCGGCAGGCGUUACGGAUUAUGGUUCCGCUUGCGAAGGCUGUUAAUCUGGUUGUUGGGAGUGUACGUAGCCAUCCCAUUUCUAGUAAAACUUUGCCCUGCUAUUCAGGCAAAGCUGGUCUUCCUAAACUUUGUAAGGGUCCCAUAUUUCAUUGACUUGAAAAGACCACAGGAUCAAGGUUUAAACCACACCUGUAAUUAUUAUCUGCAGCCAGAGGAGGAUGUGACUGUUGGAGUCUGGCACACAGUCCCUGCAGCCUUAUGGAAGAACGCACGAGGGAAGGACCAGUUGUGGUUUGAAGAUGCUUUGGGUUCCAGCCAUCCUGUAAUCCUUUACUUGCAUGGCAACGCAGGAACAAGAGGAGGGGAUCACCGUGUGGAGCUUUACAAGGUUCUCAGCUCUCUUGGUUACCACGUAGUCACAUUUGAUUAUCGAGGCUGGGGCGACUCAAUAGGUAGCCCGUCCGAGAGGGGAAUGACCUACGAUGCCCUUCAUGUCUUUGACUGGAUAAAAGCAAGAAGUGGAGACAACCCUGUCUAUAUAUGGGGACACUCCUUGGGCACAGGGGUUGCAACAAAUCUUGUGAGGCGCCUCUGCGAGAGAGAAACCCCCCCAGAUGCCCUGAUACUGGAAUCUCCGUUCACCAACAUACGCGAGGAGGCACGAAGUCACCCCUUUUCUGUGAUAUACAGAUACUUCCCUGGGUUUGACUGGUUCUUCCUUGACCCCAUCACAACAAGUGGAAUUAAAUUUGCAAAUGAUGAGAAUGUGAAAUAUAUUUCCUGCUCCCUGCUUAUCCUUCAUGCUGAGGAUGACCCCGUGGUACCAUUUCAUCUGGGAAAGAAGCUUUACAACAUUGCCGCGACGUCGCGGAGUUUCCGAGACUACAAGGUGCAGUUCGUCCCAUUCCACACAGACCUUGGCUACCGGCACAAGUACAUCUACAGGAGUCCAGAGCUACCUCGAAUACUGCGGGAAUUCCUGGGAAAAUCUGAACAUGAGCAUCAUCACUGAAGACUGGCUGCUUGGCAGCAUAGAGGUUUUCCUUUCUUUCUCUUCCCUCUCCCUCCUUUUCUUUCCCCUCCUCCCCGUGGGUUGGUCUGCCAUUCUUCCAUCCUCUGGCACUAAGGAAGCCAGGGAUUUCCACACUGGUCCUGGUGUGCACCUUUUGGCAACCCCGACUCCCAGCAUCAGUGGUGGUAGAAGAAAGAAGAGAAGUUACGGGCUUCUGUUUUGAUAUAGAUGGAGGAGUAAAAGCAAUCCAGGAGCUGGUACCAACCAAGCAGAAAAUGUGAGCACAACAGAGCCUUGUCAAUCUGGCAUGGUGCUGCUGAGGACAGACAUUCCUAGGACGCAUGUGUCAGGACCAAGGGUGUUUCACCUUUAAACACUGCUGCUGUUUUUGGAUCACGUGAACUCAUUUGUUGUAGGCCGAUGGCUCUUUCCAUGUCUGUACCACAGCUGUCUUGCUUAUUCUUUCUAGGGAAUACAUGUUUAGCCUUUCCUUUUUGCUAAGUGGCUGUAAUCACAACGCACUGAAGAUCCAGGUGGUGAGUGAUAUUUUUAUUUAGCUCUUCGGUCAGUGUGUUGCAAGUGUUGGGCUAAUUGCACACAUUUGGAAAUAAAAUGAAAGGUGUUUUUCUUA